GUAACACACGGCAACCCUUUACAGAAAGGAUAGCUGAAGUUCGCGGCUGCGAUUUCUCUUUUGUUCGGGAGCCAGACUGCUUCUUCUGCGGUGACAGCUGUAGGGAAGACGCUGACCUCUGUGGGGGGCCGACGUUUCAGGCCAAAUAAAAAUGAUGUCUGUGGUGGUUCCCUUUACAAGGAAUUCCUGGUUCCUGAUGGAAUGUCAUGCAAGCUCAAGAGAAGAAAAACAGGGAUGUGCCUUAAAGGAAGAUGUGUGACCAUCGAAGAAUAUGAAGAAUUAACCAGCGUCAAUCGCAAACCAGGCAAUACACAUUCGCUGGGAACACGUGCGCCAUUUAUGAAUAGUGACAUUUCCACUACUGCGGCCCCUAGCAAGGCUCGCUCUCCCGGCACAACAAAGGAGAACUUCACCUCCCAGAAAUAUCGAACCACUCGUGACUCACACAGCACAUACUCGGCAACAACAAAUCUGGCCUUCAGGACCCAUGACACUUCAACAACAGAAGCAUUUAGCACAACCCGCUAUCCAGGCACAACAGACGGAGGCUUAUCCACGCACAAAUAUUCGGCUACUCCUAAACUAGGCAGCACAUACUCUGGGACAACAAGUAUGCCCUUCAGCACCAGUGACACUUCCACAACAGACACACGUAGUAGCACCCCCUAUCCAGGCACAACAGAGGGAGGCUUAUCCACGCAGAAAUAUCCAACUGGUCAAUCAGACAGCCCAUACCCGGUGACAACAGGAGUGCGCUUCAAGACCCGUGACACUUCCGCAACGGAUUCACCUAGCAGCACCCACUAUACAGGAAAAGCAGUGGCAAGCUUGCACACGCAGAAAUACCCAACUCGUGAAUCAGGCAGCACCUAUUCGGCCACAACAGGUGUGCCCUUCAGGAAUGGUCACAUUUCUACACGGGAGGCACCUAGCAGCACCCGCUAUCCAGGCAAAACAGAGGGAGGCUUAUCCACGCAGGAUUAUCCAACUCGUGAAUCAGCCGCCACCGACUCGGGGACAGCAGGUGUGCCCUUCAGGACCCGUGACACUUUAACAACGGUGGCACGUAGCAGCACCCGCUAUCCAGGCACAACAGAGGGAGGCUUAUCCACAAAGAAAUAUCGAACAGGUGAAUCAGGCAGCACUAACUCCGGGACAACAGGUGUGCCCUUCCACACUCGUGACACUUCCACAGCCGAGGCACGCAGCAGCACCCGCUAUCCAGGCACAACAGUGGGAGGCUUAUCCACGCAGGAUUAUCCAACUCGUGAAUCAGCCGCCACCCACUCGGGGACAACAGGUGCGCCCUUCAGGACCCGUGACACUUUAACAACGGUGGCACGUAGCAGCACCCGCUAUCCAGGCACAACAGAGGGAGGCUUAUCCACAAAGAAAUAUCGAACAGGUGAAUCAGGCAGCACGUACUCCGGGACAACAGGUGUGCCCUUCCACACUCGUGACACUUCCACAGCCGAGGCACGCAGCAGCACCCGCUAUCCAGGCACAACAGUGGGAGGCUUAUCCACGCAGGAUUACCCAACUCGUGAUUCAGCCGCCACACACUCGGGGACAACAGGUGUGCCCUUCCGCACUCGUGACACUUCCACAGCCGAGGCACGCAGCAGCACCCGCUAUCCAGGCACAACAGAGGGAGGCUUAUCCACGCAGGAUUAUCCAAGUCGUGAAUCAGGCGCCACCCUCUCGGGGACAACAGGUGUGCCCUUCCGCACUCGUGACACUUCCACAGCCGAGGCACGCAGCAGCACCCGCUAUCCAGGAGCAACAAAGGGAGGCUUAUCCACGCAGGAUUAUCCAACUCGUGAAUCAGGCGCCACCCCCUCGGGGACAACAGUUGUGCCCUUCAGGACCCGUGACGCUUUAACAAGGGUGGCACGUAGCAGCGCCCGCUAUCCAGCCACAACCGAGGGAGGCUUAUACACAAAGAAAUAUCCAACUGGGGAAUCAGGCAGCACAUACUCCGGGACAACAUUUGUGCCCUUCCGCACUCGUGACACUUCCACAGCCAAGGCACGCAGCAGCACCCGCUAUCCAGGCACAACAAAGGGAGGCUUAUCCACGCAGGAUUAUCCAACUCGUGAAUCAGGCGCCACCCACUCGGGGACAACAGGUGUGCCCUUCAGGACCCGUGACGCUUUAACAAGGGUGGCACGUAGCACCACCCACUAUCCAGGCACAACCGAGGGAGGCUUAUCCACAAACAAAUAUCCAACUGGUGAAUCAGGCAGCACGUACUCCGGGACAACAUUCGUGCCCUUCCACACUCGUGACACUUCCACAGCCAAGGCAAGCAGCAGCACCCGCUAUCCAGGCACAACAGAGGGAGGUUUAUCCACGCAGGAUUAUCGCACUCGUGAAUCAGGCGCUACCCGCUCGGGGACAACAGGUGUGCCCUUCCGCACUCGUGACACUUCCACAGGCGAGGCACGCAGCAGCACCCGCUAUCCAGGCACAACAAAGGGAGGCUUAACCACGCAGGAUUAUCCAACUCGUGAAUCAGGCGCCACCCCCUCGGGGACAACAGUUGUGCCCUUCAGGACCCGUGACGCUUUAACAAGGGUGGCACGUAGCAGCACCCGCUAUCCAGGCACAACCGAGGGAGGCUUAUCCACAAAGAAAUAUCCAACUGGUGAAUCAGGCAGCACGUACUCCGGGACAACAUUUGUGCCCUUCCGCACUCGUGACACUUCCACAGCCAAGGCACGCAGCAGCACCCGCUAUCCAGGAACAACAAAGGGAGGCUUAUCCACGCAGGAUUAUCCAACUCGUGAAUCAGGCGCCACCCACUCGGGGACAACAGGUGUGCCCUUCAGGACCCGUGACGCUUUAACAAGGGUGGCACGUAGCACCACCCGCUAUCCAGGCACAACCGAGGGAGGCUUUUCCACAAAGAAAUAUCCAACUGGUGAAUCAGGCAGCACGUACUCCGGGACAACAUUUGUGCCCUUACGCACUCGUGACACUUCCACAGCCAAGGCACGCAGCAGCACCCGCUAUCCAGGAACAACAAAGGGAGGCUUAACCACGCAGGAUUAUCCAACUCGUGAAUCAGGCGCCACCCCCUCGGGGACAACAGUUGUGCCCUUCAGGACCCGUGACGCUUUAACAAGGGUGGCACGUAGCACCACCCGCUAUCCAGGCACAACCGAGGGAGGCUUAUCCGCAAAGAAAUAUCCAACUGGUGAAUCAGGCAGCACGUACUCCGGGACAACAUUUGUGCCCUUCCGCACUCGUGACACUUCCACAGCCAAGGCACGCAGCAGCACCCGCUAUCCAGGCACAACAAAGGGAGGCUUAUCCACGCAGGAUUAUCCAACUCGUGAAUCAGGCGCCACCCACUCGGGGACAACAGGUGUGCCCUUCAGGACCCGUGACGCUUUAACAAGGGUGGCACGUAGCACCACCCGCUAUCCAGGCACAACCGAGGGAGGCUUAUCCACAAAGAAAUAUCCAACUGGUGAAUCAGGCAGCACGUACUCGGGGACAACAUUCGUGCCCUUCCACACUCGUGACACUUCCACAGCCAAGGCAAGCAGCAGCACUCGCUAUCCAGGCACAACAGAGGGAGGUUUAUCCACGCAGGAUUAUCGCACUCGUGAAUCAGGCGCUACCCGCUCGGGGACAACAGGUGUGCCCUUCCGCACUCGUGACACUUCCACAGCCGAGGCACGCAGCAGCACCCGCUAUCCAGGCACAACAAAGGGAGGCUUAACCACGCAGGAUUAUCCAACUCGUGAAUCAGGCGCCACCCCCUCGGCGACCACAGUUGUGCCCUUCAGGACCCGUGACGCUUUAACAAGGGUGGCACGUAGCAGCACCCGCUAUCCAGGUACAACCGAGGGAGGCUUAUCCACAAAGAAAUAUCCAACUGGUGAAUCAGGCAGCACGUACUCCGGGACAACAUUUGUGCCCUUCCGCACUCGUGACACUUCCACAGCCAAGGCACGCAGCAGCACCCGCUAUCCAGGAACAACAAAGGGAGGCUUAACCACGCAGGAUUAUCCAACUCGUGAAUCAGGCGCCACCCCCUCGGGGACAACAGUUGUGCCCUUCAGGACCCGUGACGCUUUAACAAGGGUGGCACGUAGCACCACCCGCUAUCCAGGCACAACCGAGGGAGGCUUAUCCACAAAGAAAUAUCCAACUGGUGAAUCAGGCAGCACGUACUCCGGGACAACAUUUGUGCCCUUCCGCACUCGUGACACUUCCACAGCCAAGGCACGCAGCAGCACCCGCUAUCCAGGCACAACAGAGGGAGGUUUAUCCACGCAGGAUUAUCCAAGUCGUGAAUCAGGCGCCACCCUCUCGGGGACAACAGGUGUGUCCUUCCGCACUCGUGACACUUCAACAGCCGAGGCACGCAGCAGCACCCGCUAUCCAGGCACAACAAAGGGAGGCUUAUCCACGCAGGAUUAUCCAACUCGUGAAUCAGGCGCUACCCCCUCGGGGACAACAGGUGUGCCCUUCAGGACCCGUGACGCUUUAACAAGGGUGGCACGUAGCAGCACCCGCUUUGCAGGUACAACCUAGAGAGACUUAUCCACAAAGAAAUAGCCAACUGGGGAAUCAGGCAGCACAUACCCGGGGUCAACACGUGUGCGCUUCAACACCCGUGACACCUCCACAACGAAUUCACCUAGCAGCACCCACUCUACAGACACAGCAGAGGGAAGUUUAUCCAUGCAGAAAUAUUGAAUUGGUGAAUCGGGCAUCACAUACCCGAAGACAACAGGUGUGCCCUUCAACACCCCUGACAUUUCCACAACGGAGGCACCUAGCAACACCCACUAUCCAGGCGCAACAGAGGGAGGCUUACCCAAGCCCCAAUUUUGAUCUGGUCAGUCAGGCAGCACAUACCCUGGGACAACAGGUGCGCGCUUCAACACCCGUGACACUUCCAGAACAGAUUCACCUUGAAGCACCCGCUAUACAGGCACAGCAGAGGGAAGCUUAUUCACGCAGAAAUAUCCAACUGCUGAAUCAGGCAGCACCUACUCGGGGACAACAGGUGUGAGGUGUGCCAUUCAGGACCCAUGACACUACCACGAUCCGCUACCCAGGCACAACAGAGGGAGAUUUCGCUAUGCAGAAUUAGCGAACCAGUCGCCAAUCAGGCAGUACAUGCUCGAGCACAACAGGUGUGCCUCUGAGUAUCCGUGACAUUUUCACAACGGAGGAGGCACCUCGCAGUGCCCGCUAUAUAGACACAACAAAGGAAGGCGUAGCCAACCAGAAAUAUCCAACCACGCGCCAAUUACCGAGCACAUACUCGGGCACCCCAGAUGUGUCACUCAGGACCCGUGACGUGUCCACUACGGAGUCAUCUAACAUUACGGUCUAUGCUGGCACAAAAAAUGGAGACUUCCCAGUGCAGUGACGUUUCAACUACCGGGGUAACUUGCAGAAAUAAUUAUUGUCACUCAUCAUGUGGAGAAAUUGUCGUAAACAACACGCUGCAAGCUACCCAAGGGACAAGCAUAAAGGUACUGCAAAAAUAUAACUCGGAGUGAUUGAAAACCGUUCUACUCAUGAGAUUUCAACGCACCUACACAUGAUAUAAGUAAGUCAGUCAGCAGCCUUAUAUAAUGCAUACAAUCAUGCCAGAAGAUUAGGUGCUCUUACUGUAUGGCACACAAAACCGCUUGACUGGUUUCUUUGUUCGCUUGUUUGCCGAUUACUGAAGGUGACAAUUACAUUAUCCUGCAUUUGCCACUACAAGGAGGUUGAACAUUGCCACAUGAAAAAGCUUUACCUCGUCAUGGCGUAUGACGUUGCUACACACUAAGCCAGACCACAUCUCGCUCCAUCAGUGUGCAUAUAAGCUCGUUAGAUGCCUACCACCUUGCCAGUAACCAUAUUUAGCAUUUACAGCCAGCAAAAUGAUUUUAUCUCUGCGCUCUAAAUUUUCGGAAUAGGUAAUGUCAUGUUCGAAAUGAUGAGUGCUUUUUGGUUUGCAGCAGAAAUAAAUUAUUGCAGAUCAAUGUAAGGCUGACACAGUUAUGUCUAAAAAGUUUGAGAGAUUUCUGUGUGAAUUGCAAAAACAUUUCUUUGUCAAUGUGAGCACUUUGCUAACAAAUAGUAAUUGCAGCUUUCAGAUAAUUCAACUAUUAACUUCAAAUCAUCUUGCAAUGAAAGCCUUUUUUUGAGAACCUGUUUGAUAUCGUUAGAUUUUCCGUUAUUUGCACUGAUUAAUUAUACGCUCCGUGUUGUGUUCCCAAAAUUGUUUGAAUGAUGCAACUUUUAUCGCGUAUAGAUCGGUGUAUAUUGUACAAUAUUUAUUCGGAGAUGUAGAAAUGUGCCGCAGUGCGCCAUCGAACACAUGUUUUGAUUUCUGUAGGUGUUUUAGCAAUAAGAAAGGGACGUCGUAAAAGCAAUUCAAUAUUUCAGAUGAGUAAAUAAUGCGACGCGUCGCCUUGCGAAGCAUUGAUUCUUCUGAAAGUUGUAUGCUGAUUAUGCGACUGCUGAAUAAGUGUGAGAUAUUCUUGUCAUCUGUAUUGGUCAAUUGGGACUGCAUGUUUCUAUUAUUUGUGGCUGUUUCUUUUGGUUGUGUCUGGCAGUAUACAUGCAUUGAUUUAAUAAACUUUUGUAGUAAGUUU